CCCUCCCUCUCUCUCCCUCUCCCUCUCUCUCCCUCUCACACACCGGAGGAGGAAACGCCUCCGCUUCACGCACCGGGACGCCGCCGCGCAGCCGAGAGGAGCCGAGCCGCCACAUCGCGCCCCGAACCCCGCGCUCUGCUCUGAAAGGUGGUGGCCAGUGACGGCGUGCGGGCUAUGAUGGAGUCGGCCCUGACAGCCAGAGACCGGGUGGGGGUGCAGGACUUUGUCCUCCUGGAGAACUACACCAGCGAGGCCGCCUUCAUAGAGAACCUCCGCAAGCGCUUCAAAGAGAACCUCAUCUACACCUACAUCGGCUCGGUGCUGGUGUCCGUCAACCCGUACAAAGACCUGGAGAUCUACAACAAGAACCACAUGGAGCGAUACCGGGGGGUCAACUUCUACGAGGUGUCGCCGCACAUCUACGCGGUCGGGGACAACUCGUACCGCUCCAUGAGGACGGAGAGGAAGGACCAGUGCAUCCUCAUCUCCGGGGAGAGCGGCGCCGGGAAGACGGAGGCGUCCAAGAAGAUCCUGCAGUACUACGCCGUCACCUGUCCCGCCAGCGAGCGCGUGCAGACGGUCAAGGACCGCCUCCUGCAGUCCAACCCGGUGCUGGAGGCCUUCGGCAACGCCAAGACGUUACGUAACGACAACUCGAGCCGCUUCGGCAAGUACAUGGACAUCCAGUUUGACUUCAAGGGUGCCCCGGUCGGAGGCCACAUCAUCAACUACCUGCUGGAGAAGUCUCGGGUGGUGCACCAGAACCACGGCGAGAGGAACUUCCACAUCUUCUACCAGCUGAUCGAGGGGGGCGAGGAGGACCUGCUGAGAGGGCUGGGCCUGGAGAGGAACCCUCAGCAGUACCAGUACCUGGUCAAGGGUAACUGCCCCAAAGUGAGCUCCAUCAACGACCGCACUGACUGGAAGACCGUGAGGAAAGCCUUGACUGUGAUUGGCUUCAACGAGGGCGAGGUGGAGGAGCUGCUCAACAUAAUUGCCAGUGUGCUCCACCUGGGCAACGUGCAGUACGGCGGCGAGGACGGCGUCGCCUGCAUCACCUCCGACACGCAGAUAAAGUACCUGGCAAGGUUGCUAGGAGUGAAUGGGACGGUGCUGACGGAGGCUCUCACACACAAGAAGAUCAUUGCCAAAGGAGAGGAGCUGAUGAGCCCCCUGAACUUGGAGCAGGCGUCAUCAGCUCGAGAUGCUUUGUCCAAAGCCGUGUACGGACGCACCUUCACGUGGCUGGUUAACAAGAUCAACGCUUCACUGACGUACACGGACGACUCGUACAAGCAUUACUCCGUCAUCGGCCUGCUGGACAUCUACGGCUUCGAGGUCUUCCAGCACAACAGCUUCGAGCAGUUCUGCAUCAACUACUGCAACGAGAAGCUGCAGCAGCUCUUCAUCGAGCUCACCCUCAAGUCGGAGCAGGAGGAGUACGAGGCCGAGGGCAUCACGUGGGAGCCGGUGCAGUACUUCAACAACAAGAUCAUCUGUGACCUGGUGGAGGAGAAGUUCAAAGGCAUCAUCUCCAUUCUGGACGAGGAGUGUCUGCGCCCCGGAGACGCCAGUGACAUCACCUUCCUGGAGAAGCUAGAGGACACCGUGGGAGGACACCCACACUUUGUCACUCACAAGCUGGCUGAUACAAAGACCAGGAAGGUCAUGGGCCGCGAGGAAUUCAGACUGCUGCAUUAUGCUGGAGAGGUCAACUACAACGUCAACGGGUUCCUGGACAAGAACAACGACCUGCUCUUCAGGAACCUGAAAGAGGUCAUGUGCAUGUCGGAGAACAAGAUCCUCAACCAGUGUUUCAACCGAGAGGAGCUGAGUGACAAAAAACGUCCGGAGACGGCAGCCACCCAGUUCAAAGCCAGCCUGGCGAAGCUGAUGGAGAUCCUGAUGUCCAAGGAGCCGUCGUACGUCCGCUGCAUGAAGCCCAACGACUCCAAGCAAGCAGGGCGGUUCGACGAGGUGCUGAUCCGCCACCAGGUCAAGUACUUGGGCCUGAUGGAGAACCUGAGGGUGAGGAGGGCCGGCUUCGCCUACAGGCGGCGCUACGAGGUCUUCCUGCAGAGGUACAAGUCACUGUGUCCUCACACCUGGCCCAGCUGGCAGGGGAAGCCGUCUGAGGGGGUGGCAACGCUGGUCAAACACCUGGGGUACAAGCCGGAGGAGUACAAGCUGGGCAGAUCCAAAAUCUUCAUCCGCUUCCCAAAGACCUUGUUUGCCACGGAGGAAGGUCUGGAGACCAGGAAACACGGCCUGGCCACCAAGCUGCAGGCGGGAUGGAGAGGCUACCGACAGAAGUCCAAGUACCAGAAGCUCAGAACAUCCGCCAUCGCCGUCCAGGCGUGGUGGAGAGGGAUCCUGGCCCGGAGGAGAGCCCGGCGCCGGAGACACGCCGCCGACGCCAUCCGCAGGUUCGUCAAAGGCUUCAUCCACCGCCACAGAGAGCGCUGCCCGGAGAACGAGUACUUCCUGGACUACGUGCGCUACUCGUUCCUCAUGCAGCUGCGCAGGAACCUGCCCAAGAACGUGCUGGACAAGAGCUGGCCCACGCCGCCGGCCGCCCUCUCCGAGGCCUCGGAGCUUCUGCGUAAGCUGUGCAUGCAGAACAUGGUGUGGAGCUACUGCAAGAAGAUCAGCGCCGAGUGGAAACACCAGAUGGAGCAGAAGAUGGUCGCCAGCGAGCUCUUCAAGGACAAGAAGGACAACUACCCGCAGAGCGUGUCCAAGCUCUUCGUCAACACGCGGCUCAACGGCGAGGACAUUAACCCCAAGGUGGUGCAGGCUCUGGGCAGCGAGAAGAUGAAGUACGCCGUGUCCGUCACCAAGUACGACAGGAAGGGCUACAAGGCUCGGCCCCGCCAGCUGCUGCUCACCGCCAGCAGCGCCGUCAUCGUGGAGGAGGCCAAACUCAAGCAGCGCAUCGAGUACGCCGCCCUCAGAGGCGUCUCCGUCAGCUCGCUCAGCGACGGCAUGUUCGUUCUGCACGUGCCCGGUGACGACAACAAGCAGAAGGGAGACGUGGUUCUGCAGAGCGACCACGUGAUCGAGACCUUGACCAAGAUCGCCAUCUGUUCUGACAAAAUAAACAACAUCAACAUCAACCAGGGCAGCAUCACCUUCACGUCGGGUCACGGCAAAGAGGGGACCAUUGACUUCACGCCGGGGUCCGAGCUGCUCGUCGCCAAAGCCAAGAACGGACACUUGUCCGUGACGGCUCCCCGGUUGAACUCCAGAUGAUUGACCCCUGACCUCCAUCCUCCAAUCACGACCGCAGGCCCCGCUCUGCCUAAGCCAAUCAGACGCCUCACCUAGAUGCGCGCUUCCAAAAUACACAUAUAAACACACACAUAUAUACAUAUAAAUAUAUAUAUAUAUAUAUAUAUGUGUGUGUGUGUGUGUGUGUAUUAAAAAAAGAAGAAAAAAAGAAUCCAGCUAAACUAAUUGAGAUAUUUAUGACUCUAUAUUACUUUGUGGGGGGGUUAAUACUGUUUGAAUAGUCUGAUUUUAUAUAUGAGGCCAAAGAAUAACAAAUAUUUUUGGUGCACUUUUCUUGCACCGUGUGUGUUUUUGUGUGUUUUAUUUCGGGGAAACGACCAACAAAACCAACAAAACUUUGAUGGAAAUCAAAGUUAUUUGUUGCCUCUUUUAUUUCUGUUUUCUGCUCGACUUGUAGGACUAAAAACACAUUUCUCCCCGGGGGGGGGGGGGAAAGAAAGGCCCGGUAUGUAGGCCUGCUGUCAGGACGUGAAGAGGAAGUGUAGGAACAGAUGUAGUACUGUGGGGGGGGGGCAGGUGUAGAAGUACGUGAAGAAGCAGCGGUUUGUUUGACUCGUGCCUUUUUUCUCUUUGACUAAUUUAUUCACAGAGAGUUCAGUGUAAAGGAUGAUUUACCCCCCCCCCCCCGGCCCCCCCCCAUGCUAUGCUAAGCUAACGGUCUCCUACACGCUUCUUCCUUUUUAGUGACGUGACAAUCCAAACAUUCGGAGACGCUUCCAGAUUGUAUUUUCUUAACUCUUCUCAUGUUGGAGAACCUCGAAGAAAGAUCAAAUAACUCUGAGAAGAGCUGCGAGAUGUUUAGUGUUUAGUUUUUAAUUCUCUGUUGUUCCUGUUUGAUGCUCGUGCCUUGUGUGGCGGAGAGAGAGAGAGAGAGAGAGGGAGGGGGAGGAGCCACGUGCCAGAUUACCCAGCAGCCCCUGGGGUUCCCGCCUCGCUCUCUCCGUGCGUGAAGGAGCUUUGUCCCUGUUCUCAGACUCGCUGCUUUAGAGUCACCAAACACUAAAGAUUUCAGAAAUAAAACAUUAAAAAAAGA